GAAACAUUCAAGGGCUGGGCCGCUGCAGCGUGCCAGCUCGACGGCUACGCGCGCGAGAUCCGGCUCUCCACCGGGGUCUUAAGCCAGCUCGACCUUACACAUCGGCAGUUCCACGAGCUGGGGAGAGUUGCCGCCCCAGAAAUCGCGGCGGUCUCGGGCCCAGGCAAAGCAAGCUUCGCACAUCGCACCAGCGAGCUGCGAGCGCAUGAAGAGGUCGCACCCGAUGCCAACCAGACGGGGCGACCCGACGAGGCCGCCGACGCGGAGAUGACCACGUGGCAGAGGAUCUGGGGCACCAACCAGUUGACCUUUCGCGAGCGGCCCGCGCAGUGCGAUGCCUGGGAACCGCUGCCUGCCAUCGCCUCUAAUCGCCUCCUCGGCGCAUUUCGCAGCUUCGCGGCGAGUUCAGCCCGCGAGCCCUCGCGGCUGGUGCCCCGGUCGCUGGGCCAGCUCUCGGACGAGGCGCUCGUCGUUCUGGGA